AUGACGUUCAAUUUCAGCCGCAACAUCUCGGCCAAGGAGCUGGCCGAUAUUCUCCCCAAUGGCGUCGCCAUCCUCACCAACCAAUAUGAACUUGUCUCCGUGAACCGCCGAUUUCGGGAACUCAUCACAUGCUUCACCUCCGAUUUCUCAAAAUGCUGGUUGCGCUCGGUUCACCCAGACGACUAUGAACGAGUAUCCUCUGCGUACUUCGAUGUCGCGAAGUUUAAACGGCCGCUUCGCCUUGAAUACCAUACCCGCGAUCCGAACUCGAUGUGGUGUGUCAUGACACUGGAUAAACUGGACGACAAGGAUGUGCAAUGCUUUGGGCCAAGCGAAGGCGGGAUGUUCAUUUGCACGAUUGCGGAUGUUACCCCGGAGAAGGAGGCCGAGCUCUUACAGAAGCAGGCGGCGGAAGAUGCGCAAGAACGCAAGAAGCAGCAGGAGCGCUUCAUCGAUAUGAUCAGCCACGAAAUUCGCAAUCCGCUCUCUGCGAUAUUACAUUGCACAGAGGAUAUCCAGGAGGCAGUAUACAACAAGAAACCGGAUGAAAUAUCGGUCAUGGGCAUUGUCGAAGCAGCGGAGACGAUCAGCCUUUGUAUCACGCAUCAAAAGAAAAUUGUCAAUGAUGUCUUGACUUUCUCGAAACUUGACGCGUCCAUGCUGGCGUUAACGCCGCAUAAAGUCCAGCCCAAACGCCACCUCACCACGCCGCUUGCAAUAUUUCGACCAGAACUCCGAAAACAGAGGAUUGAAUUUGAAUACAAGGUCGAUCAUUCCUACUCGCAUUGUGACAUUGAUUGGGUCAUGGCAGAUCUUGAUCGCAUGGGCCAGGUUCUGAUCAAUAUUCUCUCGAACGCUAUCAAGUUCACUGCAAAAUCGGAGAGUCGUCGAUCAAUACGAGUCUCCAUUGGCGCAUCGAGAGAGCGACCCCCUUCAUAUCCGCCAAACGUCGUCUUCUUCGAUUCGCAUGAGGCUGACCUCCGCAAGGACGCAACCAACUCUUCUGAAUGGGGAGCUGGCGAAACUGCUUAUGUCUUGGUCGCCGUCAAAGACACUGGCAUUGGUAUCACCGCUCAAGCCCAGAAACGGCUGUUUCAACGCUUCAAUCAAGCAACUCCCAAGACCGAGAGUGUCUACGGUGGAUCUGGGCUUGGGCUCAAUGUGUGCAGGGAACUUUGUCACCUGCACGGGGGUGAGAUCGGCGUGAGCUCCCAAGAAGGAGAAGGAAGUACGUUUGGAUUCUUUUUCAAAGUACGCCGGACGACAGACACGACCAGCGAAGGGCAUGGUAGCCUUGAUAUGUCCGGAGUGGACCGACUUUGUGUUGAUAUCCAGUCGCUGGGCAAUGAAAUGCAGGGCGUCAAUCAAUCAACAGACGAGCCUGAGAUUCCAGAGGAUCCUCCGGAAGCGAAUAUCUGGGAGACGCGGCCUGGUGCACCGACAGACGAAGCCGCGGCAAAUACUCACAAGAUAGCCCGCGAAGUCUCGAAUGAUGAGACGAGACGAAAGAGUUCGGAAUCGUUGCGCGAUCGCGAUAUGAAGAAACGCAGUGUCGGCCGGCAACGUGUCUUAUUGGUCGAAGAUAAUCUCAUCAACAGGCGAAUCAUUUCACGCAGGUUGGAUGCACUGGGUUACGAGAUCUCCGAGGCCUGUAAUGGCAGAGAGGCCGUUGACGCGAAUAAUCAAGCUACAUUUGACUGCAUCCUUAUGGAUCAGCAGAUGCCUGUCAUGGAUGGUAGCUGUGCGACGAAGGCCAUCCGUGAUAGUGAAAAACGAGAUGGUGGACAUGUGCCCAUCUUGGGGGUCACAGCCAAUGUCAGACAGGCACAUCAAGAAGAAAUGCUUGGUGCUGGUAUGGACGAUAUCAUCCAUAAGCCUUACUCGACUCAUGAGCUUGUUGAUAAGAUCAACAGCUUGAUCUCGAAAAAGCCCAGUUCCUAG